GUUCAAUUGCUUUAGUAUUUUGGGCGCGAAAGAUUUUGUGUUUCUUUGAAACUUUGAAGUAUGUAACAUCAAUCUCGUCCGAAUAUUAAAGUAUUACCUGCUUUCAAAUUGCAAUGAUCAUUUUCUGGAACUGGUUCGGUUUUUGUGUAGUUAAUGGCCAAGAAAGUUCCCUUCAAAGUGGUGCAUGCAACCGAGCUGAUGAUGGAUAUAGCAAGGGCAUUAGAAAUUCAUUCCCAACAACAAGAGGAUGGCGAUCCUCAAAAUUUUGUGCCUACCCACAAGAAAUCAUUAUAAUGCUACAAGAAUCCAUGAGAAUUCGUAAACUACAGAUCCUUGUCCACCAGUAUUUAAUACCAACAAAGAUUGAAAUUUUUGUUGGAUGUUUGCCAGAAAAUCAAUCCACUUCACUUUUAACAUGCAGAUUUGAAAGACUUGGACAUAUUGGUUUAGUUGACAACCAGAAGACAAACUUUAAGUCAAGGGAGCUGAAAUCUGUUCACUUAGAUGCACAAGGACAGUUCAUUAAACUUAUUAUACAUAAGAACUACAUCAAUACAAACAAUUUAUACAACCAGGUGCAAGUCAUUGCUGCCAACAUCAUUGCUGAAGACAUUGAAAGCUACAAAGGUUUUGGACAUUUAGAUUACACAGCUGACAAACUUGUUGACCAAUAUGUGAAACAGGAAGAUCUAAUGUCCCAUGAUCCAGUUUGGGGAAAGAUAAAUAAACCAGAACAUAUCUCCCCCCUGGAUGAUAUUGCAUUUGCCAUGUAUCAGGAUCCCCAAACGGCUGAUAUUAUACGUGGACUUGAAAAGCGUAAACGAAAUGCUAUUAAAGGAGAUGAUUUUAUUGAAGCAAAAAAGCUUCACCAGGUUAUCAGUGAUUUACACAAGGUUGGAGAAAGGCUCGGCCGUCUUCACGUUGAGAAACAAAAAGCUGUGGAAAUGGAAGAUUUUGAUUUAGCCAUGACGAAGAAGCAACAAAUUGACGAAUACCGCAAAGUUGUCUGGGAUCGUUUAGUUUCAGCUCAUAUUAUCAAUGAGGCUAAAAAAGAAGCUCCCAACAUUCUUCCACCUACGUCCCAUUUCAACCAAUCACCACCUUUACCACCAAUAACCCGAGCUAGUGAUAAGGAGAGGAAAAAUGAACGACUUUCACCGGAGAGCACACCGCAUCUCAGUCCCAGACCUCAAGAGAGUAUCUUGCCUGAAGAUUCGACUUUACAGAACACAACUGCUGACGAGAGACCAUUGCCUACGACGAAUAAAAAGAAUAAGGAGAAUACAAUUGAAGAAAACAUGACAGAGAAAGAGCAAUCAUCUCCUGUGCUUGUAGACGAACCUAGUGAACUAAAGGAGAAGGAUGCAAGAGAAGCCAGUUUAGCCAUCGAGGUGUUCGGAGAAGACAUUGUUCGUCGUAUCUUCACGAAACAAUGGAAAUACCGACAGGAAGGAAUGAAAGCUGUCCAGCAAGAGUUGACUUCAAAUAAUCCUCAUUUGAUCGGAAAAGACUCAAGAUCUGUUAUCAGAGCUGUUGUCGAAUUGCUCAAGAAGGGGCUCAAUGAACUCGUUCAUCCAGUUUUUGUUCUCUGUUUGUCCAUUUUAAAAGAUCUGCUCGUCUCUUACAUUCCAAAUAACGAUGGACAAAGCGAAAUUCCGUUUGUGCUUCAAAAGACGAUUCCUCUUGUUUUGCCCAAAACUGGAGAAAUGGCUUCAAGAAUGAAGAAUUCGUCCGUCUCUUUUAUGUUAGAGAUUGCGCAGAUUGACAGUAUCAAGUUGACUGGUGUUAUACCGCAGCUUGUGACGCAUCCAUUCAAAGCCAAGCAACAGACAACUGCAAGGUUAUACACUGGAAGGAUUGAUCUUCUCGAAAAACUCCUUGGAAUUUUGGGCAUUGAUGAAACAACAGCAAAUGGUUUUUCUACGUCUUUAAUGAUGAAGUUCCUUCUUCCUGCCCUUGAUCAUGCCAAUGGUGAUGUUCGUGAUGCUGCAGUCAAACUAAUCCUUGAACUCUAUAAGUUGAAAGCACCAGUGAGGAGUUUUCUUCCAAAUGACGAGCCGGCAACGAGAAAGAGUGCGUUGUACCGUUCAAUCUUUGACGGUUUUGAUAGAAUUGAUGGUAAACCAACAGAAGCGGAGAAAAAGGCGAAAGCAAAAAGCGACAGAGAGGCUGCGGAGAAGGCAAAACAAAAAGAAAUUGAUGAACUUCAUGCGCAUUUACAAGCUUUAAGAGAAAUGGCUGCCAAACAGGGUGAAUCAGUGGAAAUGCCGGUUGAACGUGUGAUGCACCCUUCUCCACCUCCUGAACGAGCAGAUAUAGACAGGAUGUAUCUUCUGCGGAUUGAAAGAUGAGACAUUUACGGAAGAAGCGCUCGAUACCCAUUACUGGAAGUCAUGUCCAAUGCUAAAGCGUUGUUCUCAGUGCUCACAGGUCAUCGAAAUAUGUCGUCAAAGUCAACAUCUUCUUGAAGAAUGUGAAUUAAAAUCCAAGUUUGUCGCCUGUCCCCGUUGUAAAGAAGCUGUUUUGAAGAGCGAACUAUCUAAUCACAACCACGACAAAGUUUGUCCGA